AUGGCUAGUGAUGUUUCAGCGCAGAUAGCAUAUACAGCAACAUCAGCAACAACAACAACAACAACAACAAUCUACCCAGACUCUUCUGCAACAACUCCAAUAACAACCGCUAUAAUCUCGACAUCAACUGCGAUAUCGAAUCAAGCGACCGCAGCAGCAAAAACAGUUUUGACAACAAGCGCACCGUCAUUGACAACGUUAAGUGCAUUCUUAGAUACAGCGCAUCCAUCAACAACGAUUGUCUCUUCAGCCAGCACAUACUCUUCCGCACCAGCUACUCCCGCAACAACAAUGAUGACUUCUUCAAGAACUCGAGCCGCAAAAAAGGCAACAACUUCACCAGGUUUUGAAACACCCGAAACAACAACAAAUUCGACUUUAUCAGAAAUAGUUUCGACAACACCAUCAACGAUAGCAAUCGAACCCACAACAUCUCUUAUAAGAGUCGCAACUCUAACAACGGCAACAAUGACGUUUCCAACAACUCAAGCAGUAGGCAAAGCAGAAACAGUUUUGCAGUCAGAUAUAUUUAGAACAACAAAUACAAGUUCAAGUUCGACAGAAAGAAUAGCAGCAAAAACAACAAUAGGCACUUCACUUACAACUUUCUUUAUGACAAUUUCUACAACUCCGGAAAGAACGGCAACGACGUCCUCAAAACUAACAGAACAAACAACAACAGUUCCAAGAAUGGUGUCACCAAAAACGACGAUGACAAGUAUAAAUUCUACUCCAACGGCAACAAUAGCAACGACAAAACCAACAACAACGAAUGCCAUUUUAACCACAACUUUUCCUAAACAAACCGCUUUAAAUCCAACAAUUUCGACAAAGUUUUCAACAAUUCAUACAUCAGAUGAAACGACAGAUGUUAUAGAAAGAAAUGCAUUCAAAACGACGUUGACAAAUGUAGCUUCCUCUCCGGCAGCAACAGCAGGGACUAUAAAUUCAACAAGGAGGGUUGCCGUUCCACUUACGUUUCCCACAAAAACGACUUUGACGACUGCACCAACACUAGCAGCAACAGCAGCAAUUACGUCUCUGUCAACAAAUGCAACUAUAAAGUUAACGAAAAAUGCAAGUUCAACUGCAGAAGAGACGGCAACAGCGACAGCAAUAGUAAGUUUACCAAACAUCAUUAUUAACUCAGACACAACAAUUUUCAAAGGACAUGCAUCACCUUCAACAGCUUCAGCGAGAUUGAAUACUGAAAACGCUUCUUCUGCAACGUUCACCAAUCAUACCUAUCGAAUUACUAAUGUCUCUGCAAGUGAACUCGAAAAUUUAACAUCGACCACCAAUAAAGAAACUACAGCAACAAAUCAAACUCAAUUUUCGUCUGUCGCUGCAGAUUUGAUUGAGAGCAGCAAAGUCAGCCGUGUCAUUCACGCCGACUCAAUCUCAAACGAUGACACACAAUUGUUUAGCUCCAAAUAUCAACAAUCAUCCACUGCCGCUUUUCAAAAGAACACAUCCUUUUUACUGAAUGUAAGCCUUCAGUUUAAGGAAGAGAGUAUGCAUCAGACUAAAGUGACGUCAGAGCAAUCAAGUGAUCCAAUAGAAUCAAGUGACACAACUUUCUCAACUCCGAAAAUCUUUGAAACUCGCCACCGCCAUUCUACCGCCACGAUAGAGAAGAUGAAAUUUUCUUCUUCAUUAAAAAUCCAAGGAUUGGCGAGCAGUACUGUCAUUUUUGAUACAGAAAAAAAUGGAUUCAAAAGCUCAUUAAGAGCAUAUCUUCCAAGCACCAAAAAUGCAGGUCCUAUCAUUUCGAAGGCAUAUACAACGGCAAUAGAAGGUACAAACAAACUAGAACCAGGUGAGUCAUCUACACCAAUCAUAUCAUAUACUGCAUCAAGAUAUUCAACAUCCAUCAAUGAAGCUGGUUCGGAUUCCAGUCUUUCCUUAUCUGAAACUUCUAUGAAAUCUCCUUCUGAUACGCGUACAUAUGCUACAACGUACUUGUCAAAGAGCAACCUCUACUCCAGCAGCGUCACAUCACAAGAAACUCCAGCGCAGGAGACUUCUUCUAAGAGGCAACUACCAUCGACCACUUUUUUCAGAAAAACCUCUUUGACAAUCACAUCCAAAGAGUUUUCUUCGCGAGCAUCCAGCAGCAAACCUAUGAUGACAGCGCUCCUUGCGGCAAACGAUGCUGAAGAAGAUGUCUUUGGUAGAAACACGCCUAGCACUUAUUCAUCAUCGACUAGCAAAGGCUUAGUUACAUGGAGCGACCUGCGCACUUUGCCUGAGCAUCCCAUAAAAAUUCAGUCUUCCGAUACGCCUAGCGGAACAAGCGCCUUUGAACAACUCGGCAAGGUCUCAACACAUCCAGAUCGAGCAACGUCGCUUAAGGAAAUGAUCCAAAUGCAGACUUCUCCAGAUUCAAGCUCAAGAACUGCAAUCGAUGAUGUUACGCAAGAAAUGGAAUCUGAGAAAACUGCAUUGCAGACUUCAUCACCGAUCAACGACUUUAUCAAAAACACGGAGACCUUUGCAGAAAAGACAAACACAGCCAAUCUUGGUGCAAAUGUGUCAGAGUCCGGAUAUUGGCAGUCCAAGUUGGCAAGAUAUUCGAAAAAGUUCGGAGACAAAAAUAACUAA